AUGGUUAAAUCGUAUACAAACCACUCCAAAACAUCUCGUCAACCUAAACGUCCUUUUGAGAAGGAACGCUUGGAUGCUGAAAUGAAACUUAUUGGUGAAUAUGGCUUAAAGAAUAAGCGUGAAGUUUGGCGUGUUCAAUAUACUUUAGCCAAGAUUCGAGCAGCUGCACGUCAUCUACUUACUUUGGAUGAUAAAGAUCCAAUUCGAGUCUUUCAAGGCGAGGCAUUAUUACGUCGUAUGGAACGUCUUGGGUUAUUAUCGGAAAAUGAGAGGAAAUUAGAUUAUGUACUUGGUUUAACGGUGAACAAAUUCUUAGAGAGACGUUUACAGACUCGUGUCUUCAAAUUAGGACUUGCUAAAAGCAUUCAUCAUGCUCGUGUACUAAUUAGACAGCAUCAUAUCCGUGUUGGUAGACAAAUUGUUAAUGUCCCAUCAUUUAUGGUUAGAUUGGAUUCAGAGAAGCAUAUUGAUUUUUCUUUGUCUUCACCAUUUGGUGGUGGACGUCCAGGACGUGUACGAAGACGAACUUUACGUAACCAAGGUGGAAGUUGUGAGGAAGAUGAUGAGUAG